AGCCUGUUGUUAUAUAUAAGUAGUUCCAGUUUUUUUUUUCUUAACUUACUUAUUGAUGCUCUGAUAGGUAUUGAUCUAUUCUUGCUUGUUAUUCGUCUAAUCUUAUUGUUACUUGUCGUCCAUCAACCGUUCUUACUUGUUGUUCAUCCACAUACCAUUCCGAACCAACAAAUUUGUUACACUACUUCUACUAGAGCAAUCUUCAAAAAUGAAGGCAUCGAGUGAGCAGAAGGCAGCUACUCUGGUCGCAGUAGAGCAACCUUCUCUGCUUGAAGAGCAACCUGUAAAGAUGAAGGAGUCUGACGAAAGACUUCUUUCACAAGCCAAGGCAUCAAGGACAACACGCCCUAUUGCCUUAAUCGCAAGGGUUGGCGAGGCAAAUGUGAACUACAUGGGUUCUAUUACUAUCAGUUCGAGGUAUCGCGCUAUAGGCCUCUUGGAGAGUAUGUUGUGUAAAGUCACGCGACUCGCUGGAGAAGGAGAUGGCGUUGAUACUAGUUGCAGCAGCAAUGGUGGAAAAAAGAGACCGAAGUCGCAGGAGAUACAUUUUUAUGACGUUGAUAUUUUAUGAUGUUGACAAAAAGUGUAAGGGGUGGAAUGAUUUUUGUUCACUGUGAUGUCCAUGGAGGUCAAUGAAACAGGACUUGUCGAAUGCCAUUUAAUGAUGCCAUUUCUCGUAGGAACGUCUUAGUGAGGCGACAUGGUAGAAAUUACGCCAUUCCUCGUAGCAAUAGGAUCCUACUCAGGAGGAGGCAAGGACUUUUGAGGUCUUUAAUAUUGAGCAGAAGUCAUACAACGACAACGUUCUUCGGAUCAUUUCAACCACAUGGCACUUCUGUUUUUUUCACGACAUUCAUAUUUUCACGACGUACAUUAUCUACGACGAGGCGAUCGAUCCAACGUCAGUCUGUUUAAAUGGGGCAGCAGCGCUCCUAGUGUCUGUGGGCGACCGCGUGCAGAUCACGCCACUGCUAGAGGAGAAGACGUCACAGAGCCUAUCGCACUUUCUCAAGAGUGUGGAUUUUAUGAAAAAAUGCUUCUACUACAACUACUUAGUUCGUUCUGUAGUAAGAUGCAUAGCUUUUUUUGUUAUGCUACCUACAUUACGUGUUCGUGGUUGUACAUUUUUUUGUGUAGUAUAAGGUUCGUAAAUAAGGAGGGCGACGCCGUGGACGCGGAUUGCUUACACAUCUUCAUACAUUGUUUUAGACAGAACAGGAGGCACUAUGAGUUACACUCUUCUUCGAUCUACUUGGCUCUACCGUGGUCCACUUAGAUGGAAACAACCAGAAUUGAUGUAUCAUUUUUCAUGUGAAGCAUUGAGAACCAAGACCGCUAUCGACGUCACAUGGGGAGGUUCAAGUUCGCGGAGAAAAGGAAAAUCGCAACGAAACUCAAGAGCAGCAAGGAGCAGAGAACAGCGAAUCUUCAGGCGUCUUGCCAAAAUUAAGGAUUUAGAUAACGGAGUUUGAUACAUUACCCUGUACCGGAACAAGGUAGUUGUUCUGCGUCUGUCAAGUCCGACAAUGACUAUACUGUAUAUAAUGUUCUAAUAUGAUUGCAGAAGGGUCGUGCUAUGUAUAAUCUAUUACUGUGAAUCAACACCAUAGAGGGGUCGUAUAUCGAAAUACCAUCAUAGUCGCAUCAACAUAACCUCUUUCUUGAGGUUCAGGAGAUUGAUGCGGAUCUGCCUCUAACGGUAAGGACAACCGCGAAGAGUACAACGAUGUAGCGGGCGAGCUCUUAGUAGAGCACUUGAUGUUAGCGAUGUCGCUUCAUCCGAAGACAGUGGAAGGAUUGUGAACGAGCGGAUAAGCGGAAGGAUGAGUCCUCGAGUAAAAAAAAAAAGAAAAAACUACACUUGCUGGAACGUAGUAUCCAAGUUGCACUGUUUCCGGAUCACGGCCGUUAACCCAGACAUUAAGAAAAGCCUGCUUCUGUUGAACAACGGAUGGAUAGAAGUACUAGGUAAGUACCAGUUUGACACUUCAAUAAGACCCAUUAUAAUAUAAUUGGUCUUGUUGAAGUGUCAAACUGGUACCUCAAGUGGAGCAUACUAUUGAGACUACUGUUAAUACCACUAGGUACUGCUGAGACUAUUACUCCUACUGCUAAGACUAUUACUCCUACUGCUAAGACUAUGGCUCCUACUGCUAAGACUAUUAAUACUACUACUCCUAUUAUUACUACUCCUAUGUUCUACUACUACUAUGACUGCUGGAUCCGGGUAAUAAAUAGAAUAGUCUGAAUUUCUUUCUUACACGUACAACUGAAUAGACCCCUCUCGUCUUCUAAGAAGAGUCCUCGUGUUGGGAUCGCCUUGUCGAGAGAUCUGGCGAAUCUAGCGGGUUUUUUUCCUGGAACAGAAGCCCACCUCGUGGAUGUCACUACUGGAGCAAGGCACAUCUUACUUACGGCAUGUCAUUUAAUCAGUGCUAAAAGGCGUGACUUCAGAAGAGGGGCAGACGAGGUUUUUUUAGAGCGUGAUUUCAGAAGAGCGGCAGAAGAGGUUUUUUUAGAAGUCUUAAGUGAUUCAAUCAUUUCCCUUAACAUCGACGGAUUUCGCCGAAAGGCAUAUCUCUUGGUGAAAAGUAGAUGCGUUUCAAAAUGGAUUUGACUAUUAUAAAGCUGUCUAACCUCACGGUCUUUAUUCUUCGAGAGAACGAAUCAGAGCAGGACAUCCUUGGCCGCGUGGAAGUAUUCGGGAUUCCGUCACAGCAAGCAGAGUUAGGACAGCAAGCACCCUCUUCCCUAGUUCAAAGACAGCAAACUCGAGAAUCGCAUGUGGUCUCCCAACUGCAGAGUACUAGAGAUCGACAAUGUGUAAAUGUGGGAGAUACAGUCAUUCUGAUGCGGUACGAACCAAGAGCUAUUUUUGAAGGGAGUACGACUUCGACGUCGACUCAUGGAAUGAUUGCAAAAAAGUGCCACCUACUCCCGAAGGUUUUCGUACCCGCAGAUGCGACGGUAAAGGAGGCAAUUCAGUGUAAUACAGCUUGGAAGCUCCUGGAGAAGAUGGAAGUUGAGUACAAUGAUGAACUCAGGACCAACGGUGAACUGAUGGACCUAGACAAGAGCUUUGCAAGUGAAUGACAGCAAUUAUGAAUUCCUGCAACGAAUACUCCAGGAGUAUAAGCAAGCAAAAAUAUGUCACAAUGACUGACACCUUAAAAAAUUUUCUACUCGCGCCUGAUGCUACACCAGUGUUGAAGUAGCAGCACACUAGAUUGAGAUGAAAGAGUUCAUUGGCAGUGGCACUGGUGAGAAACUCUUUUGGAGAUAGAAGAUGAAGAUAGCUGACCACGUGGUCUUUGAAGACACUCUUUUGAAGGUAGAGGAAGAAAAUACUUGAAGAAGAGCCUUGGCGAUGAUGGAAGUUGAGUACAAUGAGGAACUCAGGACCCAAUCUUCCACAUCCUCUAUGAUUCAUCUAGCGUUUUUGCGCUACGUGUGAAGAAAAUUUUCAUGGCACUAGCAAGCACAACCUUCUGAUGGGUUCAUCAUGGGAAUACUUUCCUCACAGUUAGUGAAAAUAGUACAAGAACCUAAUACACAAAGACCUAGUGAAUUUGAAGGAGG